ACACUUAAACUGCGUUGUAAAUAGUGUGCAGCUAGCGUGAUCCAUAUUUGGUACAGUGUAAUUUGGCAAACAAUUUCCUUGGAGUUUAAGUGCUUUCUGUAUCAAAAUAUAAAAAAAACUAACUUAAUUAUUGAUGGAUUCUGAUGCUCAUAAAAUAUGAUGCUGAUUAAAUUACAUGAUUAUUAAUGGAUUUUUAAUGAAAGGAAAGUGCAUGGAAAUAAAAUGAUACCAAGCAUUUGGAUAUAUUGAAAUUUCUAAAUUGUCAUCCUUGGACAUCAAUACCAAGGAGAAAUUAAUAUUUAUGGAAGACAUGCCCGCUACUGAGGGCUCUAUCAAUAGUGGAUGUGACACAGAUGCUGCUGGAAUCUUCGAUGACUCCAAUCUGGCAUGUUCCCCCAGUGCAAUUGAGGCUCAUUGCUCCAUGAAGCGAUCAGACGUUGAGACGAGUCAGGAACAGGAGUUGCAGCAUGCAAGUAACAUGACCUCGUCCAGGUCAACAAUCUCCAACCAAUCAAACGGCUCAAUGAGGUCUGCCGCAUAUAGGGUGGAUAUUGCAGACCUUAGUGGUGAGGAGAGUUUCAACCUGACCACAACACACCUGAAGAGGUGCAAGAGACAGGUGUUGCGGCCCUACUGGAGACUGCUCAUGUUUAUUGGCUGGCGAGGUUUUGGCCGGGAGUACGUGAACAGUGGCAGUGUAGGGUGGAAGGUUCUCAACACCGUGUAUCCAAUGUUCAUCGUUGUCAUGUUGUUCUAUACUUACUGCUACGAGAUCGUUGCCUGUCAGUGGAAACUCAAUAUCUACAAGGACACUCAGGUUGCAACAACCCCUAUCACAACAACGGCAGGCCCCGUACACAAUCUUACGACCCCCGGGGCCUAUCCCAUCAUAACCAUAGAGCCAGCGGAGGUCAUAGCCCUUGCUGAGAAUCUCACGAGAUCAAAAGAAGUUUACCCGAUGGCUUGUGAACACAUCAUCACGACUUACGUUGUACCCAACAGUCUCCAUUUUGUGGCCUUUAUGAUGGGACUCGUGCAUUUCAGAGUGCAGGAAAAUGAGCACCUGUAUGCGUUGAUGGAAAAUGUGUUUCUGCAAGCCAGUCCUCUUCAUUCUAGAUCUGCCUCACAGCAAAAACUCAUUAGAAACAUGAGAGGUUUCUUUAUAGUUGGGGCAGCAUGGAUCUUGAUCACACUAGCGAUGCAGGGACUCUAUGAAUGGGCUUAUGAUUUUCCCAAGCUUGCAUUCUUUGUGAAGACAGGGCCGUUGUUACACUGGUUCCUGUUCUGUAUUGAGCUGGUAGGGAUGUCCAUCGUGAACUCCAUAUUUGUAGCCGUGGUUACCAACUACUUCACUCAGUGCCAGAUGAUCCUGUUCUAUGUACGGGGCAUCGCCUUUAAACUGCAGGAGAAGUCCAUAGAUCUUAAAACCGCCAUGAAGAAUAUAGUGUCAGUGAAGACAAACCUGAGUAUUCUGAACGGACCCAUAGCCAGGAUGACGGCCCUGGUCUCUGUGAUAUUUGCAGAGCUCACCAUCAUAGGAGUGAGCAUCCUGGUACUCAACAAGAACGACCACUACAAAGUGUGGGUGUACCGAGCCUUCUACCCUGUGGUGUGGUUCAUCAUACUGUCUCUGCCUCUCAUGCAGGCUGCUAGAGUGAACUCGACGUGCAAUCGUUUCCAGAGGAUAGCUCUAGAGACUCGAGUGUUUGGCUACAAGAACUGCUCUCUUCUCGAACUUGACUCAUUUCUCAACUUUGUCUUCCAUGCAAGACUAAGGGCCAAGCUGUUCCAUUUUCCAAUCCUACCAAAGUAUCUGAUAGCAAUAGUUGUGUUGUCACUGUUUGUGCUGCUGAUACUGCUACAGACUGGAACCAUAGGCAAAACCCAACUGUUCUGAGGUCCUGAGAGUUCAGCGUUCGCAAGACCCUUUAUCUCAGGAAAUGUGAUGUAAAAUCACCUUGUCAACUGACGUUGGAUUGAAUAAGUGCAUAUGAACCGUGCCUGGGAAAACAGGGUUCGAUGCAGGUGCAUAGUAUCAUCCCAGAUUAGUCUUUGCAGUCAGGGUCGACACUUUCCGCUUUAUGGUGUUUUUUGUUUUAAGGAAGUCUCUUCAAGUGAAAAUCAAUUAAAGACGCAGUGUUGUAUCUGAUCCUUCGUGGACUUCACAGGCUAAACUGGGGAGACAAUCUACGCUCUUGCAUAAGCCCCAUUUUUGCAGAACAAGGCUCAUAUAUUGGAUAAAACAUUUGUGCUUGAGUUUACUCCUCAAUUAUAAGGCCAUAAUAAUUGUGCCAGUCUCUUUAAAAACUGGGCUUAAUGCAGGUGCAUAAAGUUUAAAGACCACACUGGAAAUAUGGGUAUACUCAUUUUUGUGUUAUCCUUGGUGUUGGUGUGUAUGUCAUGGUAUAUUUAUCUUCAUGUAUGUGAUAUUUUUAUAUUUAGUACAUGUUGUGAAUGUCCAUGUAUGCAUUCCUUGCCAAAAUAAAUCUAUCUAUCUAUCUAUCUAAAGUGAAGUCCUCACGGGCUAAACAAAGACGAUACCUUAAGUUGAAUAAAGGAGUUGGUUUACUGUGUUAUGUUUAAAGGAGUUGGUUAAUUGUGUUAUUGAUUGGCAGUUGUGAUAUUCAUAUAAGGAUUUUGGUGUAUUGAACUAAAACUAUCGCUAGUGCAAUGCAUAGUGUUGUGGGAACACUUACAAGUUCUUGCAGUGUGAUAUAUUUUGCAAGUCUCUACGUGAUAUAAUGUGGGUGUCAAAAUGAGUGCUCUAUGUAACACAAAGUUUUCUUAUGACAGGUGCUUUUUUUGACAUAAUUAUUAAUUGUCGUUCCUACAUGUUAGCUAUAUCAGUGUGUUUAUUAUGUACUGGGUAAAAUAUUUUUACAAGUAGUACUAAAUUUUAUGUGCAUACUUCCAUGCUAAACUGUUCACAAAGAAUGAUUACAAGCUAAAGUUAAUAAUAUAUAUUAUGUGCUGAACUAUAAUCAAAAUAUAUGUUUUAUGAAUCAGCAUUCUUCUUUACCAAAAUGAUUUUACUUAAAUUUGUUCUAACACACAUUUUCAUUAUGUUAAUUUGUGAACACAGCUUAUCUACAUAAUUGUGGAAUUAAUUGUAAAUAAUGAACAAACAAUUUAUAUACAUAUUGUACUUUUGCUUUGAUUCAGAUUGACUUACAAAUAUAAAGUACUAUCAACUUAUACAUAGGAUUACAGUUUAUUUAUAUAAUAUCAUUUUAUUAGCGAGGCUGUUUUCAGAUAAAACCCGAGCUAUUGUCAUAGCCAGCUCGUCUGCGUCUGCCAUCGCGCUGUGCUAAAACCUUAACAUUGGCUCUAAAAUCAAAAUGCUUCCACCUACAACUUUGAAAAUUCAUAUGUAGAUGCAUCUUGAUGAGUUCUACACGCCACACCCAUUUUUGGGUCACUAGGUCAAAGGUCAAGGUCACUGUGACCUCUAAUAUCAAACUUUAACAUAGGCUCUAAAAUCAAAGUGCUUCCACCUACAACUUUGAAACUUCAUAUGUAGUUGCACCUUGAUGAGUUCUACAUGCCACACCCAUUUUUGGGUCACUAGGUCAAAGGUCAAGGUCACUGUGACCUCUAAUAUAAAACUUUAACAAAAACCUUAACAUUGCCUCUAAAAUCAAAGUGCUUCCACCUACAACUUUGAAACUUCAUAUGUAGAUGCACCUUGAUGAGUUCUACACGCCACACCCAUUUUGGGUCACUAGGUCAAAGGUCAAGGUCUAAAAAAAAAAAAAUUGACAAGCUUUCGCAGCCAAGCGUGGCACCCAUUAUGCGGUGCUCUUGUUCCCCAUGGCAUUGUGGUUGUUUAACUCUGUUUUUCACUGUAUGUGUCAUUAUGUGUAUCAUGCAUUUUUUUUCUAUACAUUUUCAUAUACAUUUUUUGGUGCAAUAGUAUGCAUGACUGACACUCAUUUUUGUACAAAUACUCAUGUUUUGUGCUAUUUAAUUAUUUGUUUUGAUAUUAAUUUUAAUGUACAUGUGAUUAAAAUACAGUGCCAGAAAGCUCAGAAAUAUGUUUUGGAAACCAAAUAAGUCUAGUCUAUGCAAAUACUUUGCCUUAACAUUUCUGUCAAGCUAUUUGGUUUCUGGAAGUGUGUAUCUACUGAUACUAGAUAUGAGCUGCACUUUGUUAAAAUUGGGUUUAUGCAUGUGCGUAAAGUGUCGUCCCAGAUUAGCCUGUGCAAUCUGCACAGGCUAUUCAGGGGCAACACUUUUCACAUCAACUGGAUUUUUGAUAAGAAGAGAUUUUCUUUAAAUGAAAAAUAUAGUAAAAGCAGAAAGUUUUGUCUCUGAUUAGCCUGUGGGGACUGCACAAGUAAAAUUGGGACGACACUUUACGCACAUGCAUUAAACCCCCUUUUCACAGAGUAAGGUCCAUGAAUAAUCUGAAACAAUGUGCUACAUUUCAGUGUUAAGUUGUUAUGCUUUCAAAAAAGUACAUAAAGAACAUGAAAAUCAA